GCCAUAUCAAACAAAUUCAAACCCAAUAAACUGAGAAAGAUAUAAAAAGGCAAGAUAAUGAAGUCGGCCGUGGUCUCAGUCUUCGUCCUCGUGAUUCUCGUGGCCUGGCCAGUAUCGGCUAGCAAAGACUUACCGGGAGAGGGAGGAUACGGAGGCGACGAGGAAGAGGACACAAAGUCAUGGUUUCCUUUGGACAAUCUGUUAUCGUUGAGUUAUUAUGAUAAGAUUUGUCCAAAUUUUGAGAAAAUCGUUGAUACAAAAGUCAGGGAAUGGACAAAAACUGAUCCUUCCCUUGGUCCAUCCCUCCUCCGCCUUCUCUUCCACGAUUGCGGCGUCACGGGAUGUGAUGCAUCGAUUCUUCUAGACCACAAAGGAUCAGAGAGAAGAUCUCCAGCAAGCAAAACCCUAAGAGGCUUCGAGCUGAUCGAGGAUAUCAAGUCCGAGAUCGAGAAAUCCUGCCCCGGUCUAGUCUCAUGUGCCGACAUCCUAACCGCAGCUAGCCGCAGCGCAACAUACCAACUAGGUGGUCCUUACUGGCCCAACGCCUACGGACGUCGUGACUCGACCAACUCUUACGCUAGAGACGUCGAGAAAGUCCCUUCAGGCCGCCGUGACAUCACCGGCCUCCUCGAGACGUUUCAGUCGUACGGACUCAACAUUCUCGACCUUGUCGUCCUUUCCGGAGCCCACACCAUCGGAAAAGCCUACUGUGGAACCAUCCAGUCGAGGCUUUACAAUUUCAACGCGACCCAUGGAACUGAUCCGUCUAUUGACUCCAAAUACGCAGAUUUCUUGCGCCGCAAGUGUCGUUGGGCCUCAGAGACGGUUUACCUAGACGCCACGACUCCUGUGGUAUUCGAUAAUCAGUAUUACAUUAAUCUUCAGAAGAAUAUGGGAGUUUUGACGACUGAUGCGGAGCUUGUGAAGGAUCCGAGGACCGCUCCGCUUGUGAAGGCUUUCGCGGAGCAGCCGCCUCAGAUGUUCAGACAUCAGUUUGCUGUGUCGAUGGCUAAGCUGGUCAAUGUUGGUGUCAUCACUGGUGAAGAUCGUACUGGAGAGAUCAGGAGAGUUUGCAGUAAAUCUAACUCUAAACGUUACUGAUUCUUUUUCAAAAAAACAAAUCAAACGGUGCUGAGUUUUUAAGAGAAUCUUUCUUGACAAAUAAUUUCUUGUUUUGUUUCAAUUUUAAUUUUGUGAUACGUUGUCUGAACAACUAAAAUAUGUGAAUCUUGAUUUAUACUGAGCAUUAUUAUUGUUAUGUUAAAAAGUUAUCUAAGAUUCGUGAUUCUGAUUUA